AUGACAUCCAAACGUUUUCGGGUAGAGUCAUCGAGGUCAGAAGGCGCGAGAAACAGUGUUGUCUAUAUGGUCCAAGACGUUGAAGGCACAAGCAUGGAUUUGGAAAAGUUCCACCCAUGUAGCGUAUUGGCUUUCUUCUUGAUCAAGAGUAAUAGGCAUGAGAUUCUUGAUGUUCGAAACAGCAAAGGCCGGGUGAAAGGUUAUAGAUGGGGGAGGAGGAGGUGGAGUUUCACCAUCACUGAACCACACUAUAAAAAUCAACCAAAAUUUCAUUUGACUAGUAGUAUUACCUUAUCACAAUAUUCUACUACAAAACAUAAUAAAUACUUUUUUUUUCUUAGUUUUUUUCACAAGUGUAGCAAAAUGUUGUCUUUCACAAAAGUCAUAACCUUUGCAACCCUUUUAUUAUGCAACUUUGCAUUACAAGUAACUCCAUUAUCAUCUGAAGAUGAUAAAAUCACAAGCUUACCAGGGCAACCCCCUGUUAAUUUCCAGCAAUUUUCGGGUUAUAUUACCGUAGACGAAGUCAAAAAAAGAAAUCUUUUUUACUAUUUUGUUCAAGCUGAAACUAACCCUUCCUCCAAACCCCUUGUUCUUUGGCUCAAUGGAGGGCCAGGUUGUUCAUCUAUUGGAGCAGGAGCAUUCAGUGAACAUGGACCCUUUAGCCCAAGUGGAAAUGGAUUGAUUAAGAAUGAGUUCAGCUGGAAUAAAGAAGCAAAUAUGUUGUAUCUUGAAUCACCAGCAGGAGUUGGGUUUUCUUAUUCUGUAAAUAAAUCAUUUUAUAAUGGAGUUAAUGAUGAAAUGACAGCAAGAGAUAAUCUAGUAUUUCUUCAGAAAUUUCUAGCAAAAUACCCAGAAUACAAAAAUAGAGAUUUGUUCCUCACUGGAGAGAGCUAUGGAGGACAUUAUGUUCCACAACUUGCUAACCUCGUGCUAAAAUCAAGCCUCAAGUCAAAUUUGAAGGGAGUUGCUAUAGGAAAUCCACUGCUAGAGUUUAACAAUGACUUCAAUUCAAGGGCAGAAUAUCUUUGGUCUCAUGGACUAAUAUCUGAUGCAACAUAUGAGAUUUCUGAAAAAAUAUGCAAUUAUUCACAAAUUAGGAGACAAUCACAGAAAGGAUUUUUCUCCGCACCUUGCAAAUUGGUUAUUUCUCAAAUUAAUAGCGAGAUUGGCAAGUUUAUUGACUCGUACGAUGUCACUCUGGACGUAUGUUUGCAUUCAGUUUCUCAACAAGCUCAUGUCCUCAACCAAAUGAUGGAUGAAGAGAAAAUUGAUGUUUGUCUAGAUGAUGAAACAACCCAAUACCUGAAUAGGAAAGAUGUACAAAAGGCUAUGCAUGCACACCUUAUUGGGGUAACUCAAUGGGCUACUUGUAGCAAUGUGCUCAACUAUCACAUGGACGAUUUGGAGGUUCCUACUCUUCCACUACUUGGCACUUUCACUAAAAGUGGCGUUCGAGUUUUGAUUUACAGUGGUGAUCAGGAUUCGGUAGUACCAUUCAUCGGAUCUAGAACGCUUAUAAACGGAUUGGCAAAGGAGUUGGGACUAAACACUACUGUGCCUUAUAGAACUUGGCUAACAAAUAGACAGGUUGGUGGUUGGACGCAAGUAUAUGGUGACAUUCUUGCAUAUGCAACUAUAAGAGGAGCUUCCCAUGAAGCACCAUUGUCGCAACCUGCUCGAUCUCUCGUGCUCUUCCGCUCCUUCCUGGAUGGGAAGCCACUUCCAGAUGUCUCACUUGCUCAAUAAUCUAUGGAGUUUACGUACCAAAAAUUAUAAUCACUUAAUUUGAUUCGGCCAUACCCUCACAACAGAAAUUUCAGAAACCGCAUGGAUUGAUUUGGUUAUAAUCAAUUACACAAAAGUGCAUUAUACAAAAGUGCAUUGCUAAUUUACUCGUACAAUGCAAGAAAUUUCAAUGAUUUACGACUAUAUCAGAUACCAUUUUAUUACUGUUGGCACAUGUUGUGAUAACAUUCAACUGAACAAAACCAAGAUCAACCAAAUCUUCGAGUUUAUAAGCUAAACAAUUUACGUUUGUGAAACCAAGUCCAUGAAAUAAAAAUCUGAUAUACAAUCUGCUU